CAAAAUAAAAACUCUGCGAGCGAGACCCUCAAACCCCUCUCUCUCUCUUCUCUUUGGGGGUUCGCCUCUUUCUCUCGUUCUCUCUCUCUUUCUCUCUCUAAAAUCUCUCUCUCUCUCUCUCUCUUUCUUUCUUCCUCUUCUUCUUCUCGGAUGUGAAUUCGUCCGUCGCUCUCUUCUCUCUCCUCUCUCAGUAAAGUAGACCAGUCUGGAGAAGUGAGAUGACAUCGAUAAGAUCGUCCUUGCCGUCGCGGCUGCGGCAACUUUUGUCCGGCGAGGGCUCCUUUGUUCCCUCCGUUAAACUCGACUCCGAGACCCCGCCAAAAAUCAAAGCCUUUAUUGAUAAGGUGAUCCAGUGUCCAUUACAAGAUAUAGCAAUACCUCUUUCUGGUUUUCGUUGGGAGUACAGUAAGGGGAACUUUCACCAUUGGAGGCCGCUGUUUCUGCAUUUUGAUACAUAUUUCAAGACAUACCUUUCUUCUAGGAAUGACCUCCUCAUGUCAGAUAAAAUUUUAGAAGAUGAUAGUCCAUUUCCUAAACAUGCAGUUUUACAAAUUUUACGAGUAAUGCAAACAAUUUUAGAGAAUUGUCAUAACAAGAGUUCGUUUGAUGGCUUAGAGAAUUUCAAACUCCUACUUGCAUCAACAGAUCCUGAGAUUCUUAUAGCUACACUAGAAACUCUAUCUGCACUCGUGAAAAUUAAUCCCUCCAAGCUGCAUGGAGGUGGGAAGUUGAUUGGUUGUGGCUCAGUGAACAGCUAUCUACUGUCUCUAGCACAGGGGUGGGGAAGCAAGGAGGAGGGUUUAGGUUUGUAUUCUUGUGUAAUGGCAAAUGAGAGAACCCAGGAGGAAGGGCUUUGCUUGUUCCCAUCUGAUGUAGAAAAUGACUCUGACAAGUCUCAUUGCCGGAUAGGCUCUACCCUUUAUUUUGAAAUGCAUGGGCUUAAUGCUCAAAGCACUGAGGAAAAUAGAGGCAAUCAAAGUGCUUCUAGUUUGAGAGUUAUACAGAUACCGGAUCUGCAUUUACGGAAGGAGGAUGAUCUGUUACUGUUGAAACAGUGCAUUGAGCAGUACAAUGUACCUCCUGAGCUCCGGUUUCCUUUGCUAACAAGAAUUAGAUAUGCUCAUGCUUUCCGUUCACCCAGAAUAUGCAGGCUGUACAGCCGGAUUUGCCUUCUUGCAUUUGUUGUGCUUGUUCAGUCUAAUGAUGCUCAUGACGAACUUGUGUCAUUUUUUGCUAAUGAGCCAGAGUAUACAAAUGAGUUAAUAAGGAUUGUGCGGUCUGAAGAAUCUGUUUCUGGAACCAUUAGGACACUUGCAAUGCUUGCCUUGGGAGCUCAGUUAGCCGCAUACACAUCAUCUCAUGAGCGGGCACGGAUUUUGAGUGGAUCUAGUAUCAGUUUUGCUGGGGGGAAUCGCAUGAUACUUCUGAAUGUGCUCCAGAGGGCUGUUUUAUCGCUGAAGACCUCCAAUGAUCCAUCCUCACUUGCCUUUGUUGAAGCACUUCUUCACUUCUAUUUGCUCCAUGUUGUUUCAUCCUCGAGUUCCGGGAGUAAUAUUAGGGGGUCAGGCAUGGUUCCUACAUUCUUACCUCUUUUGGAGGAUUCUGAUCCUACCCAUAUGCAUCUUGUCUGUUAUGCUGUUAAAACUCUACAAAAGCUCAUGGAUUACAGUAGUUCAGCUGUUUCCCUGUUUAAAGAGUUGGGUGGAGUUGAGCUUUUGGCUCAAAGACUGCAGAUAGAAGUACAUAGGGUUAUUGGUUUAGCUGGGGCUAGUGAUAAUUCAAUGAUCAUUGGUGAGAGCUCAAGACACGGUGAUGAUCAGUUGUACUCCCAGAAAAGGCUUAUUAAGGUUUCACUGAAGGCACUUGGGUCUGCCACCUAUGCCCCUGGCAACUCUACUAGAUCCCAACAUUCCCAUGAAAGUUCUUUACCUGCUACACUGUCACUGAUAUUUGGCAAUGUAGAUAAAUUUGGAGGUGACAUUUAUUAUUCAGCUGUGACUGUUAUGAGUGAGAUAAUCCACAAAGACCCAACAUGUUUUCCUGCUCUGGAUGAUUUGGGUCUUCCAGCUGCCUUUUUAUCAUCGGUGAGAGCUGGUAUACUGCCUUCGUCAAAGGCUCUGACAUGUGUUCCUAAUGGUCUUGGUGCCAUUUGCCUUAAUGCCAAAGGCUUAGAGGCUGUGAAGGAAGCUUCAGCAUUACGGUUUCUUGUUGACAUUUUCACCAGUAAGAAAUAUGUUACGGCAAUGAAUGAUGCUAUUGUUCCUUUGGCAAAUGCUGUGGAAGAGCUUUUACGCCACGUAUCUUCACUGAGAAGCACUGGUGUUGAUAUUAUCAUAGAAAUUGUUAAUAAGAUUGCUUCUUUUGGGGACAGUAACUGUACAGGGUCUUUGGGGAAAUUAGGUGGGGGCACUGAAAUGGAAAUGGAUCCUGAAGACAAAGGCAGUGAAGGCCAUUGCUGUUUGGUUGAAAAAGUUGAUUCAGCCACAGAAGGGAUCAAUGAUGAGCAGUUCAUCCAGCUGUGCAUCUUUCAUUUGAUGGUACUGGUUCACAGGACUAUGGAAAACUCUGAAACAUGUCGGUUAUUUGUGGAGAAGUUGGGAAUUGAAGCUUUACUGAAGCUUCUUCUGAGGCCUAGUAUUGCACAGUCAUUUGAUGGGAUGUCUAUUGCUUUGCAUAGCACCAUGGUUUUCAAAGGUUUUACUCAAAAUCACUCUGCUCCACUAGCACGUGCUUUCUGUUCCUCUCUCAGAGACCAUCUGAAGAAUGCUUUGACUGGAUUUGGAGUGGCUUCAGGGUCCUUUUUGCUGGAUCCAAAAAUGGCACAGGAUAGUGGAAUAUUUUCUUCACUUUUCCUUGUUGAGUUCCUUUUGUUUCUUGCUGCCUCAAAAGACAACCGUUGGGCAAGUGCAUUGCUUACAGAAUUCGGAAAUGGUAGUAAGGAUGUUCUGGAAGAUAUUGGGCGUGUACAUCGAGAAGUUCUGUGGCAGAUCUCUCUUCUUGAAGAUGUCAAGCCUGAGGUAGAGGAUGAUGGUGUUGGUUCUACCUCUGAGUCACAACAGUCAGAAACGAGUACAAAUGGAACAGAAGAGCAAAGAUUCAACUCUUUCAGGCAGAUACUUGAUCCAUUACUGAGGAGGAGGACGUCUGGAUGGAGUAUUGAAUCCCAGUUUUUUGACCUUUUAAACAUAUAUCGUGAUCUUGGUCGUCCUACCAGCUCUCAACAAAGACGUACUGAUAGUCCUUCAAACUUGCGAUUUGGAGCCAGUAAUCAAUUCCAUCAUUCAGAUGCUGCUGGAGAUGUUGGUAGAAAGGAAUCUGAUAAGCAGAGAUCCUAUUAUACUUCUUGCUGCGACAUGGUGAGGUCACUUUCUUUUCACAUUACACAUUUGUUUCAAGAGUUGGGGAAGGUAAUGUUGCUUCCUUCUCGUCGACGGGAUGAUGUUUUGAAUGUUUCCCCUUCUUCAAAAUCAGUGGCUUCUACUUUUGCAUCCAUUGCACUGGAUCACAUGAAUUUUGGGGGUCAUGUAGUUCCUUCUGGAACUGAGGCGUCCAUAUCAACAAAGUGUCGGUACUUCGGUAAGGUUAUUGAUUUUAUCGAUGGCUUUCUACUGGACAGGCCAGAUUCAUGUAAUCCUGUUCUGCUGAAUUGCUUGUAUGGGCAUGGAGUUAUUCAAUCAGUUUUGACGACAUUUGAAGCUACCAGUCAAUUGCUGUUUGCCGUCAACCGGACUCCUGCAUCUCCCAUGGAAACUGAUGAUGGGAUUGUAAAGCAGGAUGAAAAUGAAGAUACAGAUCAUUCAUGGAUUUAUGGUCCUCUAGCUAGCUAUGGGAAACUUAUGGACCACUUGGUGACCUCAUCUUUCAUAUUAGCUCCUUUUACAAAACACUUGCUUGCUCAUCCUCUAACAACUAGUAAUGUGCCCUUCCCACGGGAUGCAGAGACUUUUGUAAAGGUUCUUCAGUCCAUGGUGCUGAAGGCAGUGCUUCCUGUUUGGACUAACACUCAGUUUGUUGAUUGCAGUUAUGAUUUCGUUACUUCUAUUAUUACUAUAAUUAGACAUGUCUAUUCUGGGAUUGAAGUGAAAAAUGUCAAUAGCACUGGUACUCGUCUGACGGGGCCCCCUCCUAAUGAAACUACUAUUUCAACAAUUGUUGAGAUGGGUUUUUCCAGGUCUCGUGCUGAAGAAGCUCUGAGGCAAGUUGGAUCAAACAGUGUGGAGUUAGCAAUGGAGUGGUUGUUCUCCCAUCCAGAGGAAACUCAAGAAGAUGAUGAACUUGCUCGUGCACUUGCCAUGUCCCUUGGGAACUCUGAAUCAGACACAAAGGAAGCGAUUGCCAACGACAAUACCCAGCAGCUUGAAGAAGAGAUGGUCCAACUUCCUCCUGUUGAGGAGUUGUUAUCUACUUGUACUAAGCUUCUGCAGAUGAAGGACUCUCUUGCUUUUCCAGUUCGAGACCUGCUUGUGAUGAUAUGCUCCCAAAAUGAUGGACAAUACAGGUCUAAUGUCAUCUCCUUCAUUGUUGACCGAGUUAGGGAUUGUAGUUUGAUUGCUGAAAGUGGAAAUAGCACCAUGCUAUCUGCUCUUUUUCAUGUUCUUGCACUAAUUCUUAAUGAAGAUGAAGUGUCAAGAGAAAUUGCUACAAAGAAUGGUCUGGUUGCAGUUGCCUCAGAUCUACUUUCGCAGUGGUGUUCUGGAUUGGUUGGAAGGGAGAAAUGCCAGGUUCCUAUGUGGGUAACAACUGCUUUCCUUGCUGUUGACCGGCUCUUGCAGGUGGAUCAAAAAUUGAAUUCUGAAAUUGUAGAGCAGUUGAAGCGUGACGAUGUUAAUAGUCAGCAGGCAUCUAUCAGCAUUGAUGAGGAUAAGCAAGCCAGAUUGCAGUCUGCAUUGGGAUUAGUUCCAAAGCAUACAGAUAUACACGAGCAGAAGAGGCUUAUUGAGAUUGCUUGUAGUUGCAUCAAGAACCAGCUUCCCUCUGAGACGAUGCAUGCUGUUCUCCAACUAUGCUCUACUCUUACCAGAACUCAUUCUGUUGCUGUUAGUUUUUUUGAUGCUGGGGGAUUAAGUUUACUGCUUUCUUUGCCAACAAGUAGCCUUUUUCCUGGGUUUGACAAUUUGGCUGCUUCUAUUAUCCGUCAUGUUCUUGAAGAUCCUCAAACUCUCCAGCAGGCAAUGGAAUCUGAGAUAAAGCACAGUUUUGUGGCUGCCACUAAUAGGCAUUCAAAUGGAAGAGUCACUCCCCGUAACUUCCUGUCAAAUUUAAACUCUGUUAUUUCACGGGAUCCAGUAGUCUUUAUGCAGGCUGCUCAGUCUGUGUGCCAAGUUGAGAUGGUUGGGGAAAGGCCCUAUGUUGUCUUGCUGAAAGAUCGUGACAAGGAUAAGUUCAAAGACAAAGAAAAAUCGUUGGAGAAAGAAAAAAUACAAACUACUGAAGGGAAAGUUUCUUUGGGUAAUGUCAAUUCAGUUGCUUCUGGGACAGAGCAUGGAAAAAGUAAUGAUCUGAAUUCAAAGAGUGUCAAAGUUCAUCGGAAAUCUCCUCAGAGCUUUAUAAAUGUGAUUGAGCUUCUUUUAGAUUCUGUUUGUACUUUUAUUCCUCCCCUGAAAGAUGAUGUGGGUGUGGAUGUUGUUGAUACCCCAUCAUCAACUGACAUGGACAUUGAUGUCACUGCGAUUAAGGGAAAAGGAAAAGCCAUUGCCACCACGUCUGAAGAGAAUGAAGCCAAUGGUGAUGAAGCUUCUGCAUCACUUGCAAAGAUUGUAUUUAUAUUGAAGUUUUUGACUGAGAUUCUGUUGAUGUAUGCUUCAUCUGUGCACAUUCUUCUUCGGAGAGAUGCUGAGAUUAGUAGUUGCAGGGGUGCUCAACAAAAGGGUCCUGCUGGUGUACACAUGGGUGGAGUAUUUCAUCACAUUCUUCACAAGUUUCUUUUAUAUUCUCGGAGUUCAAAAAAGGACAAGAAAAUAGAUGGCGACUGGAGGCAUAAACUAGCAACCAGGGCUAGCCAGUUUUUGGUUGCGUCUUGUGUCCGCUCCACAGAAGCAAGGAGGAGGGUUUUAACUGAGAUCAAUUGUAUAUUUAAUGAGUUUGUUGAUUCAUGUAAUGGUUCUAGCCCACCAGGAAAUAAUAUCCCUGCUUUUGUCGAUCUGCUUAAUGAUGUACUGGGCGCUCGUACACCUACUGGUGCAUACAUUCUAGCAGAAGCUUCUGCCACAUUUAUAGAUGUUGGUCUGGUUAGGUCAUUGACUCGUACUCUCCAAGUGUUGGACCUGGACCAUGCUGACUCGCCUAAAGUUGUUACGGGUCUAAUUAAAGCUCUGGAGUUGGUAACCAAGGAACACAUCCAUGCUGCUGAUAUGAAGGGUGAUAACUCAACAAAACCUUCUGAUCUUACUCAACCUGGAAGAACGGAUAAUACUGGUGACAUGUCUCAGUCUAUGGAAACAGCAUCUCAAUUCAAUCAUGAUUCUGAGCCAGCUGAUAAUGUUGAGCCUUAUAAUGCUGUCCAAACUUAUGGGGGCUCUGAGGCUGUUACAGAUGACAUGGAACAUGACCAAGAUCUUGAUGGAAGUUUUGGUCCUGCUACUGGGGAUGACUAUAUGCAUGAAAAUUCUGAUGAUGCAAGGGGUCUUGACAAUGGCAUUGAUACUGUUGAAUUACAAUUUGAAGUCCAGCCUCAUGGACAAGAGAAUCUUGAUGAAGAUGACGAUGAGGAGAUGUCUGGGGAUGAUGGGGAUGAAGUUGAUGAAGAUGACGAUGAGGAUGAUGAGGAGCAUAAUGAUCUGGAGGAAGAUGAAGUCCACCAUCUGCCCCAUCCUGACACAGAUCAAGAUGAUCAUGAGAUUGAUGAUGAUGAUUUUGAUGAGGAAAUAAUGGAGGAAGAAGAAGAGGAUGAUGAGGAUGAUGAGGAUGGAGUAAUACUUAGGCUGGAGGAGGGCAUAAAUGGAAUAAAUGUUUUAGAUCAUAUUGAGGUUUUUGGUAGAGACAGUUUCCCCAACGAAACUCUCCAUGUGAUGCCAGUUGAAGUUUUUGGUUCUAGACGUGAAGGGCGUACUACAUCCAUCUACAGUCUUUUGGGCAGAACUGGUGACAAUGUUACCCCAUCAAGACAUCCUCUUCUACUGGGACCUUCAUCCUCAGCACACUCAGCUGCUCCUCGGCAAUCUGAUAAUGCCCGUGACAUGGUCUUUUCAGAUAGGAACUUGGAUAGCACCUCGUCACGGUUGGAUUCUAUUUUCCGAUCCCUGAGGAAUGGGCGCCAUGGACACCGUUUAAACUUGUGGAUAGAUGAUAGCCAGCAAACCAGUGGUUCAAAUGCAGGUGUAGUGCCACAAGGCCUCGAGGAGCUGCUUGUUUCCCAAUUGAGGCGACCGACACCUGAGCAGCCUUCUCAACAAGUCACAACAGCAGAGGAGCCUCAAAGUAAAGGCGAAGGCGAUCAGUUACAGGAAUCAGAAGCAGGUGCAAGGCCUGAAACUGCUCUUGAAAGCAAUGUAAACAAUGACUCUGGUAAUGCAUCACGUCCAACUGCAGUAAUUGAUAGCUCUGGCAAUGCUAAUGAAAGGCCUACUGCUAGUGAGUCUCUACAAGGAACAGAUGUGUCCAGUGCACAAUCACAAUCUGUUGAAAUGCAGUUUGAACACAAUGACGCAGCUGUACGAGAUGUUGAAGCUGUGAGCCAAGCAAGUAGUGGAAGUGGGGCAACGAUAGGCGAGAGCCUUCGAAGCCUAGAUGUUGAAAUUGGAAGUGCUGAUGGCCAUGAUGAUGGAGGAGAAAGGCAAAAUUCUGCAGAUAGAAUGCCGUUGGGUGAUGCACAGGCAGCUCGUGCAAGAAGGACAGUUGUGUCUUUUGGGAAUUCAACUGCUGUUGGUGGGAGAGAUGCAUCUCUUCAUAGUGUAACUGAAGUUUCAGAAGGUUCUAGCCGAGAAGCAGAUCAGGAUGGUCCAGCUGCAGAACAGCAAAUCAAUAGUGAUGCUGGUCCUGGGGCAAUUGAUCCUGCAUUCUUGGAUGCUCUUCCAGAGGAGUUGCGUGCUGAAGUUCUUUCCGCACAACAGGGUCAAGUUGCUCAGCCCUCAAAUGCUGAACCACAGAAUGCUGGAGAUAUUGAUCCAGAAUUCCUUGCAGCCCUUCCCCCUGAUAUCCGAGCUGAAGUUCUAGCACAGCAGCAAGCACAAAGGCUACAUCAAUCUCAGGAGCUGGAAGGUCAACCCGUUGAAAUGGACACAGUCUCAAUAAUUGCAACAUUUCCUUCAGAUUUGCGGGAAGAGGUUCUAUUAACUUCGUCUGAUGCUAUCCUUGCAAAUCUCACGCCUGCUCUUGUUGCGGAGGCAAAUAUGUUACGUGAACGAUUUGCACACCGAUAUAGUCGCACCAUCUUUGGUAUGUACAGGAAUCGCAGAGGUGAGCCUUCAAGAAGAGAUGAAGGUAUAGGAUCUGGACUUGGAAGAGCUGGGGGGAGUGUUGCCCGUAGGUUGGUUGGAGCCAAGCUAGUUGAAGCUGAUGGAGCUCCUCUGGUUGACACAGAUGCCUUGCAUGCCAUGAUUAGGCUGCUUCGUGUAGUUCAGCCGCUGUACAAAGGUCAGCUGCAGAGGCUUCUUUUGAAUUUAUGCGCUCAUUAUGAAACCAGAACUUCUCUGGUGAAGAUUCUUAUGGACAUGUUAAUGCUUGAUACAAGAAAGCAUGUAAACAACUUGAGUGCUGCUGAGCCUUCUUUUCGGCUUUAUGCUUGCCAGAGUAAUGUGAUGUAUUCACGUCCUCAGUCUUUUGAUGGUGUUCCCCCCUUGGUAUCUCGGCGAAUUCUUGAAACUCUUACAUAUUUGGCUCGGAAUCACCCAUUUGUGGCAAAGAUUUUGCUUCAAUUUAGGCUGCCUCACCCUGCUUUACUAGAGCCAGAAAAUGCUGAUCAGGGACGGGGUAAAGCUGUGAUGGUUGUUGAAAAAGAUGAAAUGGAUAGGAGUGAGAAUCAAGAAGGAUAUAUAUCCCUUUCGUUGCUUUUGAGCCUCUUGAGUCAACCCCUUUAUUUGAGGAGUAUAGCGCAUCUUGAACAGCUUCUUCACUUAUUGGAGGUUAUCGUUGAUAAUGCUCAAGGUAAGUCAGAUAUAUCUGACAAAUCUGGGGCAUCUGCUUCUGAACAACCAUCUGGUCCAGAAAGUUCCACAUCAGAUGUUGGGAUGAAUAGAGAACCUGGCCAAAUUUCUUCCGGGGUUUCCACAUUGUCAAAAGAUGUUGAUUCUUCCAAACCCACCACUUCUGAUGCACCUAAGGAAGUUGAUUCUCGAACUGUACUGCUUAGCCUGCCGCAAGCAGAACUUCGACUUCUAUGCGCAUUGCUUGCUCGAGAGGGGUUGUCAGAUAAUGCAUAUGCUCUAGUGGCGGAGGUAAUGAAGAAAUUGGUGGCAAAUGCUCCAACUCAUUGUCGUCUUUUUAUUACUGAGCUAGCAGUAGCUGUUCAAGGUUUGGCUAGAUCUGCUAUGUCUGAGUUAGGCACGUUUGGUGAAACUUUGGAUGCACUCCUCAGUACAUCAUCUUCUGAUGGAUCUGCAAUCUUAAGGGUUCUGCAGGCAUUAAGCUCUCUUGUUGCAUCACUGAAAGAGAAAGAGAAUGAUCCGAAAAUUCUUCCUGAAAAGGAGUAUACAGCUGCUCUUUCUCAGGUAUGGGACAUUAAUUCAGCUUUGGAGCCUCUAUGGCUGGAUCUGAGCACUUGCAUAAGUAAAAUAGAGACUUAUUCAGAUUCAGUGCCUGAUUUGCUAACUUCAUCUAAAACAUCCACCUCUAAACCCUCUGGUGUAAUGACGCCGCUUCCUGCGGGUUCUCAGAACAUCUUACCAUACAUAGAAUCUUUCUUUGUGGUGUGUGAGAAGUUACAUCCAGUGCAGCCAGGCUCUAGUCAUGAAUUUAGUGUUGCAGCAGUUUCAGAGGUUGAGGAUGCUAGCACUUCUGCUGGCCAACAGAAAACCUCAGGCCAUGCUUUGAAAGUUGAUGACAAAAACAUUGCUUUUGUUAAGUUUUCAGAGAAGCAUAGGAAGUUGCUAAAUGCUUUCCUUCGGCAAAACCCUGGGUUGCUGGAGAAAUCGUUCUCCCUCAUGCUGAAGGUUCCUAGAUUCAUUGAUUUUGACAACAAGCGUGCUCACUUCAGAUCAAAAAUCAAACAUCAACAUGAUCAUCAUCACAGUCCUUUAAGAAUUUCUGUAAGGAGAGCUUACAUUCUUGAAGAUUCAUAUAAUCAGCUGCGUAUGAGAUCCACUCAAGAUCUGAAGGGAAGGUUGACAGUUCACUUUCAAGGAGAGGAAGGUAUUGAUGCAGGUGGACUUACAAGGGAGUGGUACCAAUUGCUAUCCAGGGUUAUUUUUGACAAGGGAGCACUGCUUUUUACAACAGUGGGCAAUGAGUCAACAUUUCAGCCAAACCCUAACUCUGUUUUCCAAACAGAACAUCUUUCAUAUUUCAAAUUUGUUGGACGAGUGGUUGGAAAAGCACUUUUUGAUGGGCAACUCUUGGAUGUCCAUUUCACUAGAUCUUUCUACAAGCAUAUAUUGGGGGCAAAAGUUACUUAUCAUGACAUUGAAGCCAUUGAUCCUGAUUACUUUAAAAACCUUAAGUGGAUGCUUGAGAAUGAUAUUAGUGAUGUUCUGGAUCUUACAUUUAGCAUUGAUGCUGAUGAGGAGAAGCUGAUAUUGUAUGAAAGAACAGAGGUGACGGACUAUGAACUCAUUCCUGGUGGACGGAAUAAGAAAGUUACUGAGGAGAAUAAACAUGAAUAUGUUGAUCUAGUUGCUGAACAUCGGUUAACGACUGCUAUUCGUCCUCAAAUAAAUGCCUUUAUGGAAGGGUUUAUUGAAUUAAUUCCUAGGGAAUUAAUUUCUAUCUUCAAUGACAAGGAACUUGAAUUAUUGAUUAGUGGGCUUCCUGAUAUUGAUCUGGAUGAUAUGAGGGCCAAUACUGAGUAUUCUGGAUAUAGUCCUGCAUCUCCUGUGAUUCAGUGGUUUUGGGAAGUUUCUCAGGGUUUCAGCAAGGAGGAUAAGGCUCGUCUUUUGCAGUUUGUGACAGGCACCUCUAAGGUGCCUUUAGAAGGUUUCAGUGCACUUCAAGGAAUUUCAGGCUCACAAAAGUUUCAGAUACACAAAGCAUAUGGCAGCCCCGAUCACUUGCCUUCAGCUCAUACUUGUUUCAACCAAUUGGAUCUACCAGAGUAUCCCUCUAAACAACACUUAGAGGAGAGACUACUGCUUGCAAUUCAUGAAGCCAAUGAAGGAUUUGGAUUCGGUUGAUAAUCAUUAAGGGAGGCUUCAAAGUAGCCAUGUAGAUAAUAUAGAUUAUGUCAACAUCUAUCAAGAAAGGGAAUCCGGGGUGUUAAUUGUGGGCACAUGAUAUGCUGGGUUAAUACAUGUUUAUAUACUGUAUAGUCGUAUAUUUGCUAUGGGAAAUGCCUCUUUGGCAGUUUUUGAUUU